AGUGGUGAGUGCUGUCACGGACAGCAUUGUCACAAUUUCGUAAUGGCGUCGAAGCAAGGAAGCUUUGGUCGUCUUUUUUGUUUCAGCCUACGCGUCUGCAGCUCAGAGUCACGCGGCGGGCUGUGCCUCCGCCAGCGGCUUAGUUCGAUCGCGCCCUCGGCACGUGACACGAGUGAGACCGGCUGUUCUCUGGUCUUGCUCUCCCCCCUCUUCCAGUUCCCCUCCCCCCUCCGUCAGCUAUCUUUCUCGCGCUGCCGCUUCUAUUCCCGACCAUUAUUAACAGCGACUCCCAUGUCAGCUUCAACCAGAGGGCUUCCGGUUCCUGGACUGUAAACUUUCAGCCAUGCCUGAUUUUUAAACAGCACCUUUCCAUAAAAGAAGACAGUCAAAAAGAGUACACAGAGCCACAUUGGAUGAGCACAACAAAGGCCAAAGUGUAAAUGAAAAAGCAUUGCAACCAGUUCUUGGCAUUUUGAAGGUCCACAUUAAGUGCAUGUAUGAAUUACAAAGGGUGCCAAGCAGGCAGUUGGACUUUGCUGAAAUGAACCUUGACACAUUGGAUACUCCCGUGGAGAAUGGUUUAACUUUGGUUACAGAACUCCAGCCUGUAGAAGAGUCUGUGUGUCAGCUUCAUGUUGCAGCUGAAAAUGGUGAAAAAGAUGUGACUUCAACUACAGAACCUAAGUCUGUAGAAAAGCCCAUAUGUCAGCUGCCUGUAGUAGCUGAAAAUGGCAAAAAUGAUGAAACUUCAGCAACAGAUCCUCAUUCUGUAGAAGAACCUGUGUGUGAGCUCAACAAUGAAGCUGAAAAUGAUGAGAAUGAUGCAGCUUCAGCUGCAGAACCUCAGCCUGUACAUGAGCCUAUGAGUCAGCUGCCUUUUGCUGCAGAAAAUGGCGAGAGUACCAUCACAAAAUAUAAAGAAAAAGAUGAAGUUGCAUUGUCCAAUAAAGAUGAGGUUAAUUCAGAAAAUGUGGUGGAAAUGGAAGUGGAUGUCUCAGGAAAUGAAGAUAAUACCAGCCUGUCAGUUGCAAACAAAGAAGUCAGUUUAUCAGGAGUGUUCAAGAAAGAACUGAAAGUGAGGCUAUUUCCUAAACAGCGAAAAAAGAAGACUGGUACUGGAGAGAAUUGGGAAGACUGGCCAAUUUUGGGAGAAGGAUGGAAGAGGAAAGAAGUGUUUCGGCGAUCUGGGCUCUCUAUGGGGAAAACAGACACUUAUUAUUUAAGCCCUGAUGGACUGCGAAUGAGAAGUAAGAUCGAGCUAGUCAGUUACCUUGGAGGAGAACUUGAUCUAUCAGAUUUUGAUUUUAAGUCGGGUUGUUUUGUGGAUCCUGAUACAAUUAGAAAAGCAAAUCGAUGGGACAGAAAACGCAAUGACAAAGCCAAACCUGAGAAGAAGCCGAGAAGAAAGAAGAAACCUGCGAUGGAGAAUGAUGGCAUGCGAAAAAUUUCCUAUACCCCAGAAAAAAAUAACAGCAUGGAAAAGAUGCAUGGUUCAGUUAAGACUCCCCCUAACAAAAUGCCCACUGUGAUUAGAAUGUCCCCAUCAAUGGUAAUAGCCCCCCCAAAACAAUCAACACCAAACAAGUUUUCACCACCAAAGACAUCCUCAACUCAGAAAAAAGCAAGCUCAGGCUUUUCAUCCUCUUUCCCAUCUGGUGAAGCAUUGGUUGUUGGCUGCGAUAACUGUGGACAGCCUUUCACUGAUAUUGUGUUUGCAAAAGCAGGACAGCAGUCUUUAUGCUCAGAUUGUAAACCCUCUUUGAAUAUGGAGGACGGUCGUAACAUAGUUUUCAGAAAGUGGCUACCGUGUGGCCAGUGCAUAGCCUGUCGAGUUACAGUGGACUGUGGAAUGUGUGCCAGCUGCAGGCAUAAACUUCUCAAUCCAGAUUCUCGGAAACCUGUGAGGUGUAGAAAACGGAAAUGCCUCCAACCUAUUCGAAAGAAAAGAAUACUAAAGGGACCAAGACGAAUGAAACAACCAAAAAUUUCAACUGAAAUCAGGAAAAAAAGAACAAACAGACUUUUUGUAUUUGAUCAAGUUGGACAGAAAAUGAAGAGAAAACAAGAAGCUAAUUAUUCAAGGAAGCUACAACCACUUUUGAAAAUGCAGAACUUUGAAAAAAUAAGGCAAGAAGAGGAUGUAGAAGAGACGAGAGAAUCAACAAGAGAGUCAUACAGUGAGGCUCCUGGGGAUGCAGUAAGAGAAACAAGAAAGCAGUUUGAAGAAGAAAAGUUAAUGGAGCUAAGGAAGAUUCCUGCUCCACAGUAUUCUGAGCCUGAGGACUUCUUUUACUUCUGUGUUGAAAAUGACCAAGAACGUGACCAUGAUGACAAUGAUGGUCCCAAAAAACGUAGUCGACGGUCAUGUGGAAAAUGUGAAGCUUGCCUUCGUACCACUGACUGUAGGACAUGUGAUUUCUGCCAAGACAAACCUAAAUUUGGAGGACGCAACAAAAAGCGACAAAAGUGUCGAUUAAGACAGUGCCAGGUUGAAGCUAUGAGGCAUUUACUACCAUUUCAAAAGGGUCGCUCUAAGCACAUGGCAGAUGUAGGCUGGCUUGGGCCAGGCAGAAGUCGAACGCGGCCUUCUAUAAACUCGAAGAGCCGAAAGACUAAAAUUGGAAAGACCAAAAAGACUGUGUCUUCGUGGAAUGCUUGGGACGUCUUUGAGUUCAAUGAGGAUGAUGUAGAAAUCAGUGAUGAACCAACGGAGAGCAGAGCUGUGGGAACAGAUUCUCAGGAGUGCUUCAGGAACAAUUAUGGAAAUAUUCAGAUUGUGAAAGUCUCAGAAUAUCAGGAAAAUGGCCAAGCUCAAAAUGAGGAAUGUUAUAGGAGUGAUUUUGGAAAUAUUCAGGUUUUGAAAAUUCCUGAUUUUCCUGAAGAUGGCCAGGUGCAGAAUGAGGUCUAUGCAGCACUGGAAACAGAUGUCAUUUAUCAGCCACAGGACAUUGCUUUUCAUAAAACACCAGUUGCCUAUGAGAAAUCUCAGACAACAUUUAGCAAAUCCCCUCCAAAUCUACCCAAGGACCUACAGCCAAAGGACCCUAUCAAUACAAUAAACCUGGGAGAAGAUGUGGAAAUUGUGCAAGUUGACACUGGGGAAGAUGAUGACGAUGUUGAAGAAGUAACACCUGUGAUCACGGAGAUUUACAGCUUAGCAGGAAGCAGCACAGAGAACAGCAUGCAUCAGGAACUGCUUCAAUUUUUGGAUUCUAUCCGGCAGGUCCCAUUACCUGCAUAUUGGGUUGGUCUGGCAGUGGAUGGACCAAAAAUUCAGCUUGUUCAGUGUUCCAAACUGUCAACCAUGGCUGAUACGGUGGUGCAGAUUGAACCAGGCUUCUUCUAUCAGAUCAUCGUCCAAGGCCAGCCUCUGCUGCUUUCACAUCCUCUAUAUGAAGACCACCCUCUGCGACUCUGCACUGUUAGUAAUGUGGUUGGGCUGCUCAUGGACCUUGAAAAGCAUCAAGUGUGCCCUGGCUAUCCUAACAACUUGCCAGGCCCACACGAGGACCCUAUAUUGCUGGUACGAGCAGCUGCCUGUGACCUGCUGGUACAGGAUGAACGGUGUGACAAGUGCAGCAUCACACCGUUGGUUAUCUGAAACUUUUCAUUUAUGUUCCAAGUGCUGCAAGAGUUAUGUGCAAGAAUUGACUCUACCUCUCUAAACUUUCUGCCUCUAACUCAGUUGGCCACCAACCCUGGUUGUCAAGAUUGGUCAGUCCCUUAAUGUGUUUUCUCUAGUCUGCUGGACAUGGGAAGACGCAUAAUAUAUUUUUUCAUUUCCCUUUUUUAGUAUUUAUAUAAAGUUCUCUAGAAGACUGGACAUUAACUGGAUGAAAGAAUUGUAGUAUCAGAUUUCUUCCUGUCUCAUUCCUCCAUGCUGUCUGGAACAACGGGUGGCACUAUAUUGCUCCUUCAACCUUCUAUCUUAUGCUGAGCACCCACUUCAGGUCUCUAGUUUUAUAGAGUACUGUUCUUACAUUUGCUCAGACUCUUGAACAAAAUUUCUUUUUCUGAACACACUUGAACAAACCACCAUCCAUAUGCAGCAAUAAUCUUGUUUCUUUUUAUCUUGUUUCUUUUUGUAUCUUUCAUUACGUUUUUUUUCUUACUUUCUUUGGUUCUUUAUCAACUGGGUGCUGCAUGAUAGUCAUUUGCACUCAAAUGACAUAGGUUCAACUUCUUAUUUCAUUUGCAUUGUGUAUGUAGUAUCAGGGAGUCUGGAACUUUUUAGUGCAUCUGGUUCUUCUUUUUCUGAAUAACCUGAUGCAUAUUAAUGGAACGAAAAUAUCCUAGUGGCCAAUAAGUGCAGGUUUAAACUAAAUGCUUUUCCCUCCAGGCACAAUGCAGUAUCCUGAACAGAAAUGAGCUAUCCUAGAGGUCAUUAUGGAUCACGCUUACUGUGUGAUACUUGUUUUCAUCAUUUCUGAGCACAUUUGCAGCUUUCCAGUAAAUGCUGUUGCUCCCCAGUUGGAGAUCCUGUAAGCUUUAUACUUGAAAUUGGAGGGCAUGUGAUGCUAUCUUAGGUUGUUCUUGCUUUUUAAUGUUGUUUUUUCAGAUCUAAGAAAAACAGCAAGUUGCCGUAGUGGAUAUAGGAAGCACAAUACAAAAGUAGUCUUUGCCGAGUACACCAGAUUCAUGGAUGUUCGACCAUAGGAUGACUGCAGAUCUCUUGUUCACUUUUAAAGUUUUGCCAUAGAAUACUGUUGUUUCCCCUACUGCCUGGACAUUUAUUACACUGAGCCAAAUUCAUUGCUGAAACAUAAGAAGUUUCUCGAUGGUUGUCUGCUUCUGUUGUUCAUAUACAUUCCACUCUGGGCAGCUGUAGCCUUCCCAAAGCUUAAGCUCGAGUGGGAAUAGUAAUGCUUUUCUAGCACCUUACUUUCAUCUGUUAAAAGCAGUUCAGAGAAGUCCUUCAGCUAUAAGCCUCUCUUUUCUCUUUUCUGUUUGGGGAUGUCAGUGCCAUUUGUUUGACAGACCUUGGUGCUAAAAUAUAUGUUUUAACCAUAUUGUAAUGAGCUUAUGUUAUGUUACGUUCCAUUUAUUGUUAAUAACCUAACAAAAACUGGCAAUGAUUAAAGAUUGCCUGAUAGGUUUCUCAUUAAAUUUGUAUUGGCAGUCCCUGUAUGCCAUAUUAGAAGAGGCAAUACUGAGCACUGCUUUUAAAUUUAAUUUAUUUAUUUAUUUUUUUUAAAUUAAUGUCUUAAUUUUUUUUAUCUGUCCCCAAGUAUUAGAGCUGUAUUGCCACUACUGCAGGUUAUUUUUUAAGAAGCUCACAGGAGCUCACAAGUCUUUUAUCUGGUGGUGCUGGAGAAGGGUGAGGCUGUUAAUUAUAGAUUAAUUUUGUACCUUGGAUGUGUUAAUUAUAGAAUGUAUAAUUAAUUCAUUAGAACAACAGCUUCACAGAAGGCAAAGCAUUUAUUGGAAAACCUUUUUCAUUGGCUGUCUGCAUGUCUGUGUAAAAGGUCAAGCGCAAUUCUGAUCUGAUUGGGUGCUUAAGGAUUUCUGGCCGGUGAAAAGUGUGUGGUUACAGGCAACAUAAGUUCAUUCUUAGCAGUUGUCUAAAAAUGUACAGAAAAAUGAAUGGUGUUCUUACAAGCAGUUAAGCAGCAGUCAUAUGUGACAUAUUUUGUUGGAACCUUUAUCCAAGAUGAUAUACAGCAAUUAUGUUUUUUUUAUUUCAUUAAAAAAAUAUUUCAACUGAGCACUGCAUUGGAUUGUGGUGAUUAGUAUUAAAUUCUAGAUAUCCACUUGUACCUCAAGGGCAAUAGUACAGAAGUUGCAGUUUUCAAAUUAUUGAUGAGAAGUGCUCAGUUAUUUUAGCAGGAAACACCUUCAUGUUACUUUAGUUAACCAAGUUGCACUUUUUGAAACUGACAGUGAAAUAAUGUCAGCUCCAUUAUUAUGACUGCUAUGAUUUAUUAUUAUAAAGAAACAGACCUUUUUAGCAUUGCUAGUCACCAUGGUUGAAGUUUUCCAAUAAAUGAUUAAAAAAAGCAAGAACAGUCCAGCUUAUGGUAUAUAUUCAGUGAACAUAUAGAUGGCUGAAUCAGCUGCUGGCAAAAUAUGUGUAAUCUUUUAUAGUCAUUGUUCAAUGAAUUAAGAUUUGUUUGUAUUCAUAUAUUUGCCAAUGGAAAAAAAAAGAAAUUCCAAACUAGUUUCUGCUAAAUAACCUCCUUAAACCUGCUGCCUUCUGAGCUGUGUGUCAGAACUUGAUUCUUGAGGGUACUUGAACAAGCAUCCUUCCAAAGCUCAGGACUGUAGGCUGGUAGCGUCGGAGCUGGAUGCCUUCCAUGCAGCAAGCUGCAGUCUGUCUGCCCAGUAAGCUCCCACUGUUUCCAGACUUUCAUCCUGUGUGCCUUCAGCUCAGUCUUUCCUGAAUCCAGAGUGGGCAGGAGGGCACCAGGAUGGCAAAAUCCCAGCAUCUGAGAAAGGGUCUGCCUUUUUUGGUGCCACCAGGGUGGAGCUUUUAUUUAACUGCCUUAAUUUUAAAACAACUAUAGCAGAACCAGGGUGGUUUAUUAUUCAAACUCAGCCCUGUGGGUUUGAUGGUAUUACUUGUAUCCCAUUUUAAUUUUUUUUUUUUUUUGUGUAAAUAUCAAAGUGAAUUUUGCUGUUUUAUUUAAGAAAAAUGAAAAAAUAAAAAGUAUUCAUUAACACACUGGAUCAAUAUUACAAUAUUAAAAAAAGUUUCACUUUAAGUAACAGAGUUUUAUCAGACUUCCUAAAUGCCUGGUUUAUUCAUUUUUUCCUCCAGCUUUAAAGCCACUGUCUCUUACUCUGGGCAUUAGUUGAGGAGCUGGGAAGAAAUGUAAAAAUUGUUUUUACAGUAUGUUUGUGCAGAAUCUAAUAAAAUGGAUGAAAUAA